UGAUGGAGCGCCUCGGGAAGUCAACCUCUCGGAGAAGGAAAGGGGAUUGUUGUACAAGGAUAUUGAAAAUGGGAGGAUAGGCCAAGGAUUUUCGAUUGUGCAGAGCAAAGUGUUUGUUCUGCUCCUUACGAACCUGUUCCCGAUCUUCGAGAUAGAGUACGAGCCGUUCAAAGUAAGUCCUAAGAACCGGGGGGGUGGUGAUAAAGAGAGUGAUAUAAGCCUAGCCUCUGACAAUCACAAAAAGGACAAAAUUUGGAAGGACAAAUCUCACCAUAAUAAGAAAGAGAAGGGCAAGACGCCACUACAUCUCAACAUCCAUGGGAGUCAUAGUGCGAACAACGGUAAAUUCUGGAGUUCGCGGUCACCCAUACUCAGACAGAAAAGCCUCACACCAAGGUCUCGAGAAACAUCGCCUGUAGGGGAGAAUGAAUUUCACAUGCUAAAUUUCUUGAACAUGGCGCCACGCUCUCAUAAUGAUCCUAAUAUCUCCAAAGCGAAAUCGCCGCGGCAGCAUGAAUUGGAUCUGAUUAACCAUUAUAAACUUCUCGCCCAGUUUGAGCAGCAAGAGAAUCAGCUGAGUUACGCCGCCGCCGUGACGAGGCAAUGCGCACCGAAGAGGCCGAGAGAGAGUUGUAAAUCCGACAACCCAAUACUUCAUAACACGAGGAGUGACAAUUUUAUAGGGCUCUCAUCUGCCCCCGGGGUGAUAGGCACUGCAGAGGGAAAUGAACACAGUCUUCGCCCCAAUAUCAGCCAGACGAGCAAUGCCGACGGGGGCGAAACGUCUUCAGUGUGGACUUACACCGAUCCUAAGAGGAAGGAGCUGACGUAUGAAGUCACACCUCAGAGUGAACGUGCGGAUAAAAGCGAUGAAUUUGGGGUGGAUGCGUAUAGCAACUUAUUCCGCGAUAUGGGUAUUAUGGUUGAUGUGAAUACUGUAGUGCAUUCGCAGAAAGCCAGGGGGGCGGAGGACAUCUCGAAGACAGUUGGGGAUGGGGACUCGAAGAGUACGAGGAAAAGUUUGAGAGGUGGCCAGCCAUUGGAACUCAGGGCAACAAAAUCUGAUAUAGACCGGGUCGUGAAAGGAAGCAGCUAUCAUCACUCUCAUGACUUAGCGGAUGCAAAUGUACUCGAGGACCGGCAUCUUUCAGCAUUGGAAGACGAAUGCUUUGGCGAGAGGUCGCGGAUUCGAAUGCAUUCGCUUGGCGCAAGAGAUAAGAAUGGGAAAAUGAUCAGUUCCGACCAAGUCGGCCGAAUAACACCUUCAAGAAAGAAUUCGCAGCCUCGGACUCUAGCCGAUGCAUCAGAAACGACUAUUGCUAGGCGAUUGCACCUGCGGAAAAGCUCCUUAGUACAACUCGCACAGCGUAUGAUAAAUACAUCCCCUCGUGAUUCAUCACCAUCUAAACCUGAUCUUGAAAAGGCGACAUCUAUGGACAGUCCAGCCAACUGUGUCAUAUCAUCUCGAAGUGUAUUAGAUAAAACGCCCACUCGAAUCUCCAACAACCGCGGGAAGUUAGUGGAUACGCCUUGCAACAGUCCGUUUUCUCCGGUUCCCAGUCCUGGCAGUGCACCUGUAGUCAUGGGGCAAGUGUUCAGUUAUGCUGAACUGGAGGAUGGCAGCGAUAGCGGUGGUGAUCUACGGAUGGAAGCUCAAGGGCGAGCGAGAGAUCAGGCUACCGAUUCUCCGCAUAGGGUCCAAGGCGGGACACGAAACAGAAUGAAUCGACGCAGCAGUUGCAGUGUGAUUAAGCCGUCUAGAUUCUGCAUGGAGAACCGAGAACGUGUACCUGACGGUGAUGUUCUGCAAGAAUUGUUACACCGAGCGGCGAAUGAUACGGACAUGGGGCUUAGUGCCACUAGCACACUGGUCGGUCUCACCAGGACACCCGUGUGUAGGCACACGUCACAGACCAAUUCAUCGUCACCUGGGGUUGAGCGCAAACAAACAGGGGCGAACCUGUCUACCCCGCGACGGAGAUCGAAUUCACCAACAAAGCUAACCAUGAGAGCAAAUACGCUGUUCUCACGGCCAGAAACGACUUGCCAAGCACCUUCGCAACACCAACCACACGAACAACAUCAACAUAUAAAGCAACGUCAACAACAAUUGCAGCAACUACGAGAUCAACAGCCACAUCAAGAGGCUGGAGGCACCCUUGGCAGGCGUGUGUUCACAGGCGACUUUGAUGUGGGCACCCGUUUUCCAAUCCAGACCAGAAGCAUGGGCUCCAUUUCCAAUACGCCAUUAAGCCGUGGAGCGGGUCGUGCAAGUAGACUAGAAGGUAAAUCGACCGGGUCACUCUACAAUCCAAACUCGGCGCCUGAAGUAGAUGCGUCGUUUAUUUACCCUUCGUCGCGUGAUCGACUCAUAUUGGUGACAGUUAGUGAAGGCAUUGUGGGCCAUCAAUCUAGUCCAGAACGUCAGGACAGGAUGCGAUCUGGGGGGAAAGGAGCGGUCACUAUUCAGAGGAGUUCAUCUCUGUCAUCAAUACAAAAUAAGAAUUUGAGCUGGGAUGCAACUACAAGUACAAACUACAAUCCAACGCACAAACGCCAGUGUGACGCUGACAAGCCGAAGCUUCGGAUUGGAAACUAUCAGACUAGGACGAGUCCUAUAGCCAAGGAGAGAUAUAACGGCCGAAGUGGCCCGAAUAUGCUCCUGACAGAUGCUGUCCCCAAAAGAGAACCCAUAGCGGACUCUGGGUGUACUGUAUACGGUAGUACUAUGCCUGGCCAACCCAAUGACGAGGAGACCAGUGUGGCUGGUGCGAGCGAUGCCCAUAGAGUUGUGCAUGCUACGGAGAUGUCGUGCUCGGAGGGGAAUAGUGAGGGUCAACCCAUUAUUGACGAGGGAGCUGAUACGGUAGGAGUGCUUACAACCCAUUUGGAAUGGGAAAAGCAGUCAGCAAGCGGUGCAGGAUCUAUACAGCGCCCGAGUGACUAUAUGAUACGUUCACUGUACGAGCCUACGACUACCGAUGAACAUGAACGGGCACCGACCGAGGGCAUGACCGCAGUUUUGUCGGACAGUGCGGAUAGUCAGCUGUCCGAAAGCACGGUUGGGCUGGGACGCGAUGCAUUCCGCCCUUCAUCGAUGGAUGACUUGACUAAGUUGUGGCCGGGUGGAGGAAGCUCGGCCAAUUUGAAACCAGACAGUGAGGAAUCCGAACAGUCAGAAGCAGAUGAGCCGAAUUCUGUGUAUAGCGCGAUGGCGCAUGUGAUAGGCGCCCCUCAAGACUUGCAACUCAUUGGAAAUGGGGAACGUUCACCUCGAAUCGUCGCAAAUUGGGUCGUCCCCGCUUUAGAUAGCCUUACUAUCACGCCCACACUACAAACCACAAGCGUACUAAGUGCUAACCCACGGAGGGGCUCGCCCCCACACCAAGUGGAGGAUGGUCUCGGAUGCGCGAGGAAGGUUUCAUCUACGGGUGAUUCCGAGUUAAACGGCAAGCCUUCGAGGGCGCUUUCGAUACCGUGUUUUGAGCUGACCGAUGACGAAGGCAUUAUAUCUCGGGGUGUAUCGACCGAGGAAUUGGGACUAAGCGGAAUGCUCAGCGACAUAUCGUCGCAGAUUAAUGCACGUACCCCUGAACCCGAUACAAAUCCGGUCAGCACUAAGCCGCUAAAAGAGAAGUUCGCUCUGUCCCAGUCACUUUCAGACAGUUUUGUUGGUCUUUCCACACGCACGACACACGAUCAAGACAUGGACCGAGACGCAAAUGAUGAUCGUCUUUCACUCGAUGAGGAAAUUCUGUCGGCGGAAGAAAACGAUGGUAGUGUGUUACAUAGCGGCAGGAAUGAAUUCGCAGAAGGCUCCACAAAUGAAACAGUUAGCCCGUUUUCUAUGCACCGAUUCUUGGAGAAGAGUGCGCAGAUGUCAGGUUCGGAAAAGCUAGACCUCUUGGUCCGAAUGCACCCCGAGAGUCAAGCCGUAGAACCCACUUCGUCAAAGUCAUUGCGCCUUGAUAAGUCCAGACCGAGACGAGCGAUGAGUGGCAAGACCAUCUCUUUGCACUACAAGAACAAGAAGAAACUCAAGGAAAUGGAUCUGGAAAAGUUCAAGGGGUCACACAGCCAUGAAGUGGAACACAUGUCUGAUGUGAGACACAGCCAUGACGUGAGAUCAGACAACAGGUGUCAGACGCUCGCAACGACUGUAUCAGAAUCAAAAAUCCAUUCUAAAAACAAGGACAAAUAUAAAAGCACUUUCCGAGCUGCUAGAGCCAGGAAAUUGUCCGAUAAGAAGUAUUAUGAGGACAGAGAGAAAGGAACCAGCCCCACUCUGCUGAGGAUGCUGACUCAUCGGUAUGAAAAGAAAAGACGGAAGAGUGGCCACAUUGUAAGUGCAAGGACAUCUCCGAAUGGAAGUGGGGAACUUCAAGAAUCGUCGAGAAAAAUUAGUGAACCCUCCAGUAAUAAUGACCUGGCGAGAGUGAACAAGACCCCGUUAAGUACCGAUAGUGUGGAUAUUUUGCUUGGAGAUGCCCUAACAUGCCAACUUCAAGAAGAGGAAGAGGUCGAUAAGUAACAAAACAAGUGUAAAUCUUGUCGUAAAGAAUUGCGCUUUUUAGCUGGAUUGCUGCAAAUUUGGGCUAUAAAUUAUAUAACACAGCGUACAA